CCUGUGGCUGUCGGUGGUAUCAGAGGUACUAUACAUCAUGUUGUUGGUGGUUGGGUUCAGUCUCAUGUGUCUGGAGCUGUUCCAUUCCAGCAACGUCAUCGAUGGACUUAAACUCAACGCCUUCGCUGCUGUUUUCACCGUGCUCUCAGGUCUGCUAGGCAUGGUGGCCCAUAUGAUGUACACCCAGGUUUUCCAGAUCACAGUUAGUCUGGGUCCUGAAGAUUGGAGACCCCACUCCUGGGACUAUGGAUGGUCCUUCUGCCUGGCAUGGGGCUCCUUCACCUGCUGCAUGGCAGCUUCCGUCACCACCCUCAACUCCUACACCAAGACGGUCAUCGAGUUCCGGCACAAGCGCAAACUGUUCGAGCAGGGUCUCAGGGAGGAGCAGAACUACCUCGACCAGGAGGCCUUCCAUUACUUCAGAGACCGCUCCCUCCAGUCCAUAUCCAGCUCCAUGGAGGUCUACCCUGGGCACGGGGGAGGAAGGCUGCCUGGGGGGCCUGGAGGCCUGGUGGGGUCCGGGCUGGUUGGAGUACCAGGGAGAGGGAAGAUGAGGGGGUCCUCAGGUUCCAUCGACCUGGGAGAGAACUCUGAGUCCCUGGGGGAGGAACAGUGCUGAGAGAGGGGGGGGAGAGGGUUGGGGAGUGGAGGGUUGUGAAAUUCUAGUAACUUUCCAAAAAUUCCAAGGUUUUCCGGAAAUCCUGGUUGUAAAAUUCUGGGACUCAGGUGGGAAUAAUAAGCAGAAAAUUGGGAAUCCUAGAACCAGGAGGAAAACCUGGGGAUUUACAACCAGGAGGAAAACCUGGGGAUCUUACAACCAGGAGGAAAACCUGGGGAUUUACAACCCUAGUGUUGAGAAGUUGAUGAAGACGAUGCUGAUCUCAGAUCAGUUUUGUAUUUUCAGCACCAAUGGUUCAGGUUAGGAGAGGUGUAUAUAGUGUCAUGCUUUGGUCUGAACAAGUAGUGCACUAUACUGUAUACAGUGCCUUGCAAAAAUAUUCAUCCCCUUGGCGUUUUUCCUAUUUUGUUGCAUUACAACCUGUAAUUUAAAUAGAUUUUUAUUUGUAAUGGACAUACACAAAAUAGU